AUGUCUGCAGGUACUGACGACUCAAUGGGUGGAAGCAUCGAUCUUGGUGUCCCGGAGGAGGAGCAUGAUUGGACAAUUCUCCCCAUGAGCAAAAUAGACACAGUCACAGUGCAGAGGUUCAACGCCGCCCCAAAGACAAACGCUUUCUGGCUCCAAUUUCCAGGCUUUGCUACCAAUCCUGCAGCGCGUUUCUUGCACGAAUUUGAGAGCUUAGCGAGUCGGAUGGCCUGGAGCAAAAAAGAAAGGCACAAGAAACUUGCGGAGGCGUUGGCCGGCGAGAUCGACUUUCAUGGCGACAAGUCAAGCGGGUUAGUCCGCUGGCAACGCUUGUGUCGCGAGGUAGGAGUCGGCAGUGAUCCAGAGUCCAUCACGAAAUGCAAGAAGGUUCUUGAGGCUCACUUCGUGAACCUUUAUAGCCUUGUGGAUCACCGCCGAAACCCGGAAUUCCCGGUGGUGCACUUCACCUCCUUCAAAGAGCUUCGACAAGAUAUACACAGAACGGGAACAUUCCCACGGCAGUGUGCGAAGCGAGAUAGGUACAUGAGCGGUUUGCUUAGAAGGAUGUAG